AGUGAGGAAUUCGAGAGAGAGAGAGAGAGAGAGAGAGAGAGAGAGGAAGAAGAUGAAACACAUUUUCAAGAAGCUUCACCUAGGGAGCAAUCACGAUCCCAAUCGAUCCAGCGAGAGUGGAAUUUCUCCGGUGACGUCGACGUCAUGUUCGUCCGAUCAGCGAACGGCGUCGAGUCAGCAGUCUGGAAAUCCUCCGGCGAGCCCUUCGUCGUCGCCGUCUCCGGCUGCCACCAUCCCCGUUAGCACCACUGGUGCCACCACUCCGACUCCGUCAUCGACCGCCGCGAAUCGGUCCGAUUACAUGUCCUCCGAGGAGGAGUUCCAGUUUCAGCUUGCCCUAGCGAUUAGCGCUUCGAAUUCGGAGCUUCGCGAUGAUCCUGAGAAGGAUCAGAUCCGAGCGGCGACCUCUAAUCAGAGGACCGAAUCGGGGAGGGACAAGGAGGAGGCUUCCGCUGAGGCCUUGUCGAAGCACUACUGGGAAUACAAUGUGCUUGAUUAUGAGGAAAAAGUGGUCGAUGGUUUCUAUGACGUGUAUGGACUCUCAACAGAAACAGCAAUUCAAGGAAAAAUGCCUUCUCUCUCAAAUCUUGAGUCAAACACGCGGAGUUCUGGGUUCGAAGUUUUAUUAGUCAAUCAAACUGUUGACCCUGCAUUGGAAGAGUUAAUUCAAAUUGCGCAAUGUAUUGCAUUAGACUGCCCCAUAAGUGAGGUUGGCGUUUUGGUUCAGAGGCUUGCGGAACUUGUUACGGGACAUAUGGGUGGGCCUGUUAAAGAUGCCAAUGUCAUGUUGGCUAGGUGGAUGGAAAGAAGUAUGGAGUUGAGGACGUCUCUGCACACAAGUGUGUUUCCCAUCGGAUCUAUAACUAUUGGCCUCUCAAGACAUCGUGCUUUACUCUUUAAGGUAUUAGCAGAUAAUAUCAAGAUGUCCUGUAGACUUCUGAAAGGCAGUCAUUAUACAGGUGUUGAAGAUGAUGCUGUCAAUGUAUUAAAGUUGGAAGAUGAAAGGGAGUUUUUGGUUGAUCUCAUGGCAGCUCCUGGAACACUCAUACCAGCUGAUAUUCCAAGUGCAAAAGAUUUCUCCUUUAGGCCGUAUAAUCCAAAUAUAAGCAAAAUCCCAGUGCAAUAUUCCCUGAAUAAUACUGGAGCUGCUUAUUCAGGAUCAAAGCCAUUGCAAGGAGAGGGCAGCAGUCAAAAUCCUACAGUUGAAAGUAACUUGGUACUGGAUAGAAGACCAAGAUCCGAAAAGGCGGAAUUUCUUCCUUCAAUUCCCGGUUCAAGUGCUGAUAAUGGUGUUGGUUCUUCUAGAGUAUCUAAUAAGGUUACUCUUCCUACUCACUUAGAUCAAACUGCCUCGUCAACCAUUGGGAAUACUUAUUAUAAGGGCAGUCGUGGAGCUCAUGCAGUUGAUGGUGGUGUGAGAAUGAAUGUUAAUGUGGUCCCAUAUAAUCAAAAUCAGGAGGACCCUAAGGAUCUUUUUGCUGAUCUUAAUCCAUUCCAUUUAAAAGGACCCGGAAAGAAUGCUGUAUACAACAAACCUGCAGACAAUAAAGUUGAUGAGCUCCACAGACCAAGAAAUAAGCCCGUCUCUGGCCGACCUCCUGUACCAUUGAUGUGGAAAAGCCGUUAUGCUUGCAAUGAAGUCCCUACGAAGAAGGAGAAAGAUUAUAUGGAGGGUCUUUUCCCUAGAAUUAAUCGUGAACCUAAUGAUUAUAAUAAUUCUUCAUCAUUAGCCUCCACCAGCUCUAGUUCAACUGAAAAGAUCAAUAACGAGGGCAUCAAAUCUUCUGGUAAUACGAACACAUCCAGUAAGGAAAAUGGUGAAAAGAAUUCUAAUUUUGAUUACAGUUCAGAGUCGGCAGCAAGCACCAAUGAACGCAAUAAGUUUUCAGAAGAUGAUCACAACAAUAACCUCAAGGAAGAACAUCCAAGAGAUGCAAAUGAUUUACGAAAUGAUUGGAUACAUGUGGUUAAAGAAGGUGAAAAGAAUGAAAUUGUUUUAAAUGAUGGUGGGAAACGCCCACAUGACAGAUUUGUGGAGAACAAUCAGAAACUGAAGGAUCCAGAAACUCCUUUCUUAUCAGUUGGUUCCAGUAUGAAUAGGGUUGAUCAAGUAUUUGAUGAUGUAGAUGUAGGUGAAUGCGAAAUAUCAUGGGAGGAUCUAGUUCUUGGUGAAAGGAUUGGUCUAGGUUCAUAUGGAGAAGUUUAUCAUGCAGAUUGGAAUGGAACGGAGGUAGCUGUGAAGAAGUUCUUAGACCAGGACUUUUCAGGCGCUGCUUUGGAUGAGUUUAAAAGAGAAGUACGGAUUAUGCGUAGGUUGCGUCAUCCAAAUGUGGUUCUUUUUAUGGGUGCUGUUACUCGACCACCAAACCUCUCAAUUGUUACCGAGUUUCUUCCAAGAGGAAGCUUAUAUCGGAUUAUCCAUCGUCCUCUCUUUCAAAUUGAUGAGAAACGUAGAAUUAAGAUGGCUCUUGAUGUGGCUAGGGGUAUGAAUUGCUUGCAUACCAGCAUACCUACAAUUGUUCACCGAGAUUUGAAGUCACCUAAUCUUUUGGUUGAUAAAAACUGGAAUGUAAAGGUUGGUGAUUUUGGAUUGUCACGCCUAAAACAUAACACUUUCUUGUCAUCCAAAUCAACUGCAGGAACGCCUGAGUGGAUGGCGCCUGAAGUCCUUCGCAAUGAACCCUCCAAUGAAAAGUGUGACGUGUACAGCUUUGGAAUCAUUUUGUGGGAGCUUGCUACCCUUAGAUUGCCUUGGAGUGGGAUGAACCCCAUGCAAGUUGUAGGUGCUGUGGGUUUUCAGAAUCGACGUCUCGACAUACCCAAGGAAGUAGAUCCCAAGGUUGCAAGAAUAAUCUGGGAAUGUUGGCAAACUGAACCGAACUUGCGGCCCUCAUUUCUGCAGCUUACAGUAGCUCUCAAGCCCUUGCAGCGGCUUGUCGUACCAUCCAAUCUGGACCAGUCAAGUUCAUCAUCACCGCGAGAAAUUUCAGUAAACUCUACUCCUGAAAAUGUUUCAUUAUCUCAAGUGUGAAUAAAGAGGCGUUCCGUUCCAUUGAUUCGCCUUGAUUGGUAUAUAUUUAUUCUUGUAAGCGACAAAUCAAAAGGAAUAGGUUUAUAAAGGGAAAAAAAUAAGAAAGAAAAAAAAAAAGCCUGUAGACAAAAUUGUGUGAUGUAUGUAAUUUCUACUGCUGCCUAAAGACUGCGGCCGGCCUUUUUGUAUAGUUGCAUGUCCAUAGUUGAUAAUAUAUAUCCUAUGUAUUCCACAGA